AUGGAGGUGUGGGACGGCGCCAACGGGUCGCGCAUCUCGUUUGACUGGUCCUCGAAUCUGCUCCCGGGCGGCUCAUCCCAGACCAUCGCGACGAUGACGGAGAAUGCGAAUUUGAUCAAGGGGCUACUGUCUCGGAUCGAGUCGUUGGGCGAUGAAGUGUCGGUUUUCUCGUCGACGACUGUGGCUGCGAUCGAGAACGGGGUGGACCAUGUGGAUGGGCCGGAUCUGUCUGCGUGGCCGGUGCUCUCGCUCUCGCCGGCUGCAUCGACGAUGACGGGGGAGCGGGGUGCGUUGCCGAAGAUUGCUGCGCGGCUGCUGGUUGGGGCGGAUGGGAUUAAUAGUCCGGUUCGAUCGUUUGCGGGUAUAUCUACGGAUGGAUGGGAUUACAAUCGACACGGCGUGGUGGCUACGCUGGAAUUGUCACCGGCAGGUUCCUCGUCUCUGUCGAAACCUGUUACCGCCUACCAACGAUUCCUCCCCGGUAUUGGCGGCCCGAUUGCCAUGCUCCCUCUUCCUGGGGACUAUGCGACGCUGGUAUGGUCGACAACGGUGCAAAAUGCCGCAUAUCUAAAGUCUCUUGACCCGGAAGCGUUCACGGCCAUGGUCAACGCCGCGUUUCGCCUGUCCAUGACGGACCUAAAAUACAUGUUCACACUCCCUUCAUCCACCUCAGAUGCAUCCAAUCAACAUGGCGAGGAAUUGUCCUGGCGCUUAAACCAUACUGCUCCCGAAUCAUCACUCCCGCCCACAGUCGGCGGCGUGCACCCACGGACCAUCGCCUCUUUCCCCCUCCGACACCGCCACGCUUCGACCUAUAUAUCUCCACGAAUCGCCCUCGUCGGGGAUGCGGCGCACGUUAUCCACCCGCUUGGCGGGCUGGGACUGAACCUAGGCAUCGCCGACGUAGCGUCCCUUCACGGCACCAUUGAAUACGCCGUGCUGCACGGCAUGGAUGUCGGCGACCUCCUAAGUCUGGAGCGGUAUGCCUCUGAGCGAUGGAUCCCGAACGCGAAGAUCGGCGCCGGGUGCGAUUUUCUUCAUAAGCUGUAUAAUGUUCCUGGAAACGGACCGGUGGCGUGGGCGAGAGGGUUUGGCUUGGAUACGGUGAAUCGGUUUCCGGCUGUCAAGGACCUGUUGAUGAAGGUUGCUUCUGGCUCUUGA